CUGCGAAAUGCGGUGCGGUGAAUAAAAGUGAAUACCCGUCAGUCCUGAGGCUCUGCGCUAGCUUGGCCUCGGAUACAUAAAGCGCGGCAAGAAAUUUCUUACUGUAAUCUUCCCAAUGAGUCUUGAUCAAAAUCUCUUCACUCUCGUCAUCUCCCCCAACAAGGAGGAUCCAAAUGUCGUCGAUCUUGUGGACCCUUCGGGCACUAUACACUAUCGGAAACAGAGGGUAGCUGGGCCAGUAUACACUAUUGAAGUAUACGAUUUCGUGUCAGAAUCUCUGUUGAUCACCGCGACGGCGCCGGCCGCAACAAGCAAAACUAAGACUCUGGUUCUAUGUAACCCAACGACAGCGGUAGAGCUAAAGUUUACCGGAACGCUCACGUUUCGGUGGUCUUUCAAGUGGGAAGAACAUGAGCUCGAAUGGAAACGAGAAGAAUGCUUCCUCAUACGCAAACCAGAUCCUCCGGUCCUUGUAGCAAUCACCAAAGAGCCUUCAGGUCGACUUAAAACCUCGUCAAUACAGAUAUUGGAUUACAAUCUGAACCGGUUCGAAAUCAACGACAGGAAGGGAUUAGAAAUCGUGAUUUUGACUGCACUCCUCACAUUUCAAGACUCAAAUGAGGCUCACCAUAGUAAAGAAGCGUCACCGAAGGGUACUCCUACCACCUCCGUCGCCCCGAUAGUUAUGAGUCCUCCUGUUGCCCUAUCACCCCCUCCUCUUCCUGCGAAGCCAGAACCUCCGAGUGGAGUUGACCGUAUUGCUGAGAUACAAGCCGUAAGGCAUGAACUGAACGAGGUGGUCGUCGAAGAUGAAGGUGAAAUCGAUGACUACGCCAAGUAUUCCUGGAAUCUCCUUCAGGACGAUGCGAUGUUAUUCGUGAUUAUCCAAUCUCAAAGUAAAGAACAAGUUCAAAAGGUCGUACAAGUUGUCGAGGAAGUCAAACGGCUGCACCAUAAGGCGGGGCUGGAGGAUGAACUCCAUCAAUAUGUAUCUAUGGAUUCCAUUCGUUCCGCCAAAGGCCCAAAGCGAAUUAACCUCGACGACAAGAAGGAGAGGAGUACUUAUCAACCACCAGAAAGCAUCCGUAUCCAUCUCAGUAAGAUCCCCUUGCCCGAACUUCAACCAAAACCAUCAUCUACUCGUGAACAUAUGGAGGAUCCCUCAGGAAAAUCGAAAGAGAAAGUUAAAGAGAAGGAAAGGAGUGAAAAGAAGGAUAAGGAGAGAGAGAAAAGGAAGGAGAAGAAGGAGAAAGAGAAAGAACAGAAAAAGGGAAAAGUCACUUCCACAGUGGGGUCACCGACUGCUUCACCCCCAAAAUUGGCCAAACAAGGCCACUCUCGCAAACCAUCCUCUCCCCCUCGUUCACCAAACGUCCACUCGCAUCAAGUCCAUCCUCAUCAACCUACUCCUUCGCCCUCUCAACUCCACAAUCCCGGUAUUUAUGUGGCUCCUCCUCCCCCUCCUGUUCAAUCUCGCCCGAGAGUCACACCCCCGCCCGGUGCUCUGCAAGCCCAGUCUCGUCUUCCUCCCGGACCUAUCUCAACUUACUCUCCGUACCCGCAACCUCAACCUCCAACUCCUCUCACACCUGCUAACGCUGUUUCUGGAUUUCUCAACAUGCUUCAACGUCAUUAGACCGAUGAGGGUAUCAUAUAUACUACUGUCUUUAUUAGAUCUGCACAUUUCAUUAUUCGUGGAUUAUUUAGACCCCAAGUCAUACCCUCGUAGUUUGUAUAUCCCUGGAUUGUAUUGACCUCGCGACAUUUUACACUUUAAUUUAUGACGGAAGAUUAAUUUUAAUACUGGCUAGACCGGUAAUAGACUAUGUAUACAAGAUGGAGUUACAAAAUUGAAAAUAAAAC